AUGGACCAGCCCUGGGUGAUUCAGGGCGACCUCGUUUACCGGCUCUGUAACCAGGCAGUUCCGGCCAAGGGGGAGACCAGGCAGGACUGCUGCGUGAAGACCGAGCUGCUGGGAGAGGAAGAGCUCUCUAUGGCUGCCGAUGAAGGCUCCCCCGAGAAGCCGGGCGAAGAUGCCUACGUGGCUGCAGACGGGGCCACCAACGGGUCCUGUGAAAGGAGUGAUACAGGCAGGCAUGUCACCCCAGCUGAGCACACUCAGGACAAUGCAAACGCCAGCCCCCAGGAAGGUCCCAAUAAGCUGACCCGGAUAGCGGAGAACGGGGUUUCAGAAAGAGACGCGGACGUGGGGAAGCAGAACCACGACCCGGCUGACGACCUCACGCAGACGGCCGUCAUCGGGAGCAACGGGUACUUCCUGAGUAAACCAGCCCUGCAGGAGCCGGCCCUGCGGGUCCCCAGCACCUUGGCACCCUCCCUACCUGGCCAUGCUGCAAAGACUCUCCCAGGAGCGGCUGGCAAAGGGCGGACUCCCAGUGUGCUCUCUCAAACGCCAGCCGCCGCGCCAGCCAGGCCCGGGGAAGGGAGCAGAGACUCAGAGGACAAGAAGCCCACGGCCCUGGGUGCAGAUGUCAAGGUUCAUAGGGCUCGGAAGACCAUGCCGAAGUCCGUCCUGGGCCUGCCCGCAGCCAGCAAGGACCCCCGAGAAACUCGAGGUCUUGAGGAGCCCGCGGAGGGGAACAGCGAGGACGUUUCUGAGUUUGGACGGCAGCAGCUUUUGCCCCCCUUCCCGCCCCUUCAUCAGCCGCUACCUCAGAACCAGUGCUGCGUGGCCCCCACGAAGUCACAGACAGCAGCUGCAGUGUCUCGAAAGAAAAAACGAAGAAUGGGAACCUAUAGUCUGGUUCCCAGGAAAAAGACCAAAGUAUUAAAACAGAGGACGGUGAUUGAGAUGUUUAAGAGCAUAACUCACUCCACUGCCGGCUCCAAGAGCGAGAAGGACCUGGGCGACAGCACCCUCCACGUGAACGGGGAGAGCAUGGAGAUGGACUCGGAGGAGGAGGACUCCGAGGAGCUGGACGAGGAGGAGGACCAGGGCGCCGAGCAGGCUGCUGCCUUUCCCACGGAGGACAGCAGGACUUCCAAAGAGAGCGUGUCGGGGAGUGACCGCACCCAGAAGAUGGAUGGCGAGUCUGAGGAGGAGGAGUCGGCCGGCACCGGGGAGGAGGAGGAGGACGGAGACGAGUCCGACCUGAGCUCUGAGUCCAGCAUCAAGAAGAAGUUCCUCAAGAGGAAAGGGAAGCCUGACAGCCCCUGGAUCAAGCCGGCCAGGAAGAGGCGGCGGAGAAGCAGGAGGAAGCCGAGCAGCGCGCUGGGUCCUGAAGCGUACACGUCUUCUUCGGGGAGCGCAGAGCCGGCGGCCCCGGGGGACAGUGCGGGGUACAUGGAAGUGUCUCUGGACUCCCUGGAUCUCCGUGUCAAGGGAACGCUGCCCUCCCCAACAGGGCUGGCUAACGGUCCCGACGCGGGGGAGACGGACGGCCUCCAGGAAGUGCCCCUCUGCAGCUGCCGGAUGGAGACCCCGAAAAGCCGAGAGAUCACCACUCUGGCCAACAACCAGUGCAUGGCCCUGGAGAGCGUGGACCACGAGCUGGGCAGGUGCACCAACAGCGUGGUCAAGCACGAGCUGAUGCGCCCGUCCAGCAAGGCGCCGCUCCUGGUGCUGUGUGAAGACCACCGGGGCCGGAUGGUGAAGCACCAGUGCUGCCCCGGCUGCGGCUACUUCUGCACGGCGGGCAGCUUCAUGGAGUGCCAGCCCGAGAGCAGCAUCUCGCACCGCUUCCACAAGGACUGCGCCUCCCGUGUCAGCAACGCCAGCUACUGCCCCCACUGCGGGGAGGACACCUCCAAGGCCCGGGAGGUGACCAUCGCCAAGGCCGACACGACCUCCACCGUGACCCUGGCCCCAGGGCAGGAGAAGAGCUCCGCCGGGGAGGGCCGGGCCGACACCACCACAGGGCCGGGCGCACGGCCACUUGGAGUCAGGCCUCGUCAGCGCCCGGCCUCAGCGGCCGAGGGGAGCUCUGUGCCCGACAAUCUUGUCCUCCCCGUGCACAGGACCCAGGAGCCCUGUCCUGCUGGGUGGAGAAGGCAGUGGCUUGUGUUUUGUUGGUGGUGUGCAAUGCCUCGAGCCGGGGGUUUGGGGCCCUUGACCUGGAGGAGUCAACAGGCAGACGUCAUGAGUGGCGGCAGGUGGGCCGGUGCUGACAGCGUCCUGUGCUCUCCCCACAGACCCAAGAAGCUUCGCUUCCACCCCAAGCAGCUGUACUUCUCCGCCAGGCAAGGGGAGCUGCAGAAGGUGCUCCUCAUGCUGGUUGACGGGAUUGACCCCAACUUCAAGAUGGAGCACCAGGGCAAGCGGUCCCCCCUGCAUGCGGCGGCGGAGGCCGGCCACGUGGACAUCUGCCACAUGCUGAUCCAGGCAGGAGCCAACAUCGACACCUGCUCGGAGGACCAGCGGACCCCGCUGAUGGAGGCGGCCGAGAACAACCACCUGGACGCAGUGAGAUACCUCAUCAAGGCUGGGGCCCUCGUGGACCCCAAGGAUGCAGAGGGCUCCACCUGCUUGCACCUGGCUGCCAAGAAAGGCCACUACGAGGUGGUCCAGUACCUGCUUUCCAACGGGCAGAUGGAUGUCAACUGCCAGGAUGAUGGUGGCUGGACGCCCAUGAUCUGGGCCACUGAGUACAAGCACGUGGACUUGGUGAAGCUGCUGCUGUCCAAGGGCUCGGACAUCAACAUCCGGGACAACGAGGAGAACAUCUGCCUGCACUGGGCGGCCUUCUCGGGCUGCGUGGACAUUGCCGAGAUCCUGCUGGCCGCCAGGUGUGACCUGCAUGCGGUGAACAUCCACGGCGACUCGCCGCUGCACAUCGCUGCCCGGGAGGACCGCUACGCCUGCGUCGUCCUCUUUCUCUCCCGGGACUCAGACGUCAACCUGAAGAACAAGGAGGGGGAGACGCCCCUGCAGUGCGCCAGCCUCCACUCCCAGGUGUGGGACGCCCUGCAGAUGAGCAAGGCGCUGCGGGACUCGGCCCCGGACAGGCCCGUCCCCGUGGAGAGGACGGUGAGCAGAGACAUCGCUCGCGGCUACGAGCGCAUCCCCAUCCCCUGCGUCAACGCCGUGGACGGCGAGCCCAGCCCCAGCAACUACAAGUACGUCUCCCAGAGCUGCGUGACGUCCCCUAUGAACAUCGACAGGAACAUCACCCACCUGCAGGUCAGCCCCUCCGUUGGCCAGUGCUCGGUGUGUGGAAGCAUGUUGCGUCCGUGUUGGCUGUCCUGACUGCGUGUCUGUCCCCAGGACGGCCGGCUGCUCCCUGAGUUCAACAUGGCGGAGCCGCCCCUGCUGUUCGAGUGCAACCACGCCUGCGCCUGCUGGCGGAACUGCCGCAACCGAGAACAGACCCUGUUUUGCAGGGCGAGGCUGCAGCUCUACCGCACCCAGAACAUGGGCUGGGGCGUGCGGACCCUGCAGGACAUCCCCGUGGGCACCUUCGUCUGCGAGUACGUGGGCGAGCUCAUCUCUGACUCGGAGGCCGAUGUGCGGGAGGAAGACUCUUAUCUCUUUGACCUUGACAACAAGGACGGGGAGCUGUACUGCAUCGACGCACGCUUCUACGGGAACGUGAGCCGCUUCAUCAACCACCAUUGCGAGCCCAACCUGGUGCCCGUGCGGGUGUUCAUGUCGCACCAGGACCUGCGGUUCCCCAGGAUCGCCUUCUUCAGCACCCGGCUCAUCGAGGCCGGCGAGCAGUUGGGGUUUGACUACGGGCAAUGCUGCUCCGAUCGGGCAGUGACCCGAACUGUCCAGGUACGGAGACGGCUUGUGGGACCCGGGAGGGCCCUGUGGCCUGCAGUGCUGGUGCUGAUGACCAAGCGGGGUGGCCAGAGCCCUGAGGACCCGCGGAAGGGCAGUGCCGGCCGGACGGAACAGGACUGGGAGCAGAGGAGGCUGGCGUGCUGA